UUUUUUAUGAUUAUUUUUUAUAUUUUAAAGAUGUUUAAUAAUUAUACACGAUUGUUUGCACGAUUUUUUUCUACACGACCAACAACUUCUUUAUUAUGUUCUUUAAAAGAAGAAUUUAAAAUUGAUGGAAAGUCACAUCGUCCAAGGAGUUCAAUUCCUGCUGAAAUUAAUGGAAAUACUUUGUCUGGUAAUGAAGGAGAACCGUUUACUCGUUCUUUAGUUGGAGUAAUCCUUAAAAAUUCUUUGGAGGAAGCUUUCAAUAAAUCUAAUUGUGCAGAAUUUCUUGUUUAUCAAAAUAAUAAAGCAUCGUUUAAUACAAUUAUAAGAUUACGGGCAGAUGGAAUGCUUUCUUGUGUUCCUCCAGGCUCUUGGUUAAGAGUAAUUUUAACAAAUCCAGUAAACUAUAAUUCUUUGAAAUUAAAUACUAUUUUGGUGCCUAAAAAAGUUGUAUUUUGUCAACAUCGCAUUUCAACUUCAUGUUUUGAUGGAAAAGUUUCUUUUUUUGUAACAGCUACACUUCGAAGGGAUAUUAUUUCUGAAGAUAAAAAUAAAUUAGUUUAUCAUUCUCGUUUGUGUAAUUUAUUUAUUGACAAGGAAGAAUUAAUUGAUCCUUUAAUAAAAAUGUUUGGAAAUAAUUCUGAAAAAGAAGAAAAUGAUAUUCCAAUAAAAAUUCGUCUUUGGUGUUUUCCUUUUAUUCAAAAUAAUAAUUGUCAAUUAGAAUUUAAAUUGAAACAAAUUGAUGAAAGAUAUUAUGCUAAAAUAAAUUCAACAGAAAAUGAAGAAGAAUCAAAUGAUGAAAAUUCAAAUAUUGGAGAACAACAAUUAUUAUUUUCUACAAAUUUUUGUAAUUGGUUUAGUGAAUGUAUUGAAAGGUUUUAUAUAAAAAAUAAAAUGAAUAAUGACAAGAAAAUUAAAAUGGACAAAUUUGUUAAUUUAUUAAAUAAAAAAUUGAAAAAUAAUUUGGAUUUGCCUAAUGAAGCUAAAUUAAUUUUGUUUGGUUCGGCAAUUUCUGGUUUUGGAAGUAAUGACUGUGAUUUGGAUAUUUGUUUAAUUAAUUGUGGAAUUGAUUCUUCUUUAAAUCCUUCAAUAUUUAUUGAUAUAAGAUUAAAUAUUUUAACUGAAAUAGGCAGUUUGUUACGAAAAGAUGAUGAAUUUGGAGAAGUAAUUUUACUUAGACACGCCAGAACGCCUAUUCUCAAAUUUAAACAUUUACCAACAAAUUUUAAUUGCGAGUGGGUUGGAUUUUAUUUUUAA